AUGCCUGGACUCAUCAACAAGGAAAAUCGUAGCGCUCUACCACUCAGUGUCUCCGACAUCACUUCCUGUGUCAGAGGGUACACUCAAGCUAUGACCGCUUCCAUGACAUAUGAAAAUAUUGAGGAUCAUGCCAUCGAAGGUAUCUUCAUAUACCCGCUGGAGGAAAAAAACAUUGUUGUGGGCUUUGAGGCGAUGAUUUCCAGUCAGAUUAUCACACUGCAAAUCAAGGACAAAGCCAAGAUAGAUGACCCUCACCACAAUUCAUGCAACACACCAAAUGGAGGCCUGCCUAGCGGCGUUGGACAUAUACUUCUGGAUGAGGAUUUGGAGAGGAAAGUGCUAGUCGUAAACCUGGGGAUAAUUCCUCCUUUGGAGACGGUUCAAAUUCUGGUCAGUACCUCCUGUGAGCUCUCCACUCUACCUAGUGGCGGCAUUAGCGUGAGCACGCCACCAGUGUGCACGCCACGUGUACAAAGAAGUAUCAACGAGGAGCAGGGAUUAUCCCCAAACUUCUCCAGGAUGAGGGACAAACAUCAGUGUGGCUAUAGCCCACAAGAUCGCGCUCCCACAUCUUCUCACUUUUGUUUGUCGGCUUUGCUGGCGGAUGAGGUCAUCAACUCCAUGGACUACGAGUUUAACUUUCAGCUGGAGAUACGAGCACCCUACCUCUUAGCAGGUGUGGAGAGCCCGUCUCAUGCCAUCCGAGCCGACGCUGACCCUCUGGCCCGGUCAGCCACCAGCGUCGUCAUCACCCUGGCGGACAAGUACACUUACGAUUGUCCUGUUCAGAUCCUCAUCUACCCUAGUGAACCUCACGUGCCUCAAGUGCUCAUAGAGAGCGGAGACAUGACGCAAGAUGAGUAUGACGAGUACAUCCAUGGCCGCAGCGACUUCAUCAAGGCCACCAAGAAGGAUUCCAGCAAUGAGACCAAGGUGGAAGCCAUUCAAAGGCGGCUGCACAAGGACAUCCUCCAUAACCCUGUUGUCAUGCUCAACUUAUGUCCCAACUUUAAGCCCGUCAGCUCUGACCUUAGGAAGGUGCACGGAGAGUUCAUCUUCCUCAUCGACUGUAGCGGAAGCAUGAGUGGUGUCAAUAUCAACCGUACGAAGGAUGCCUUGGUGGUGAUUCUAAAGAGUCUAGUACCGGGCUGCCUAUUCAACUUAAUAAGCUUUGGCUCCACCUUCAAAUCUCUUUUCUCAAGCAGUCAGAACUACGAAGAGGAAGCACUAGCCCUGGCUUGCGAGUACAUUCGGAAGAUUCGUGCGGACAUGGGGGGUACAAACAUCCUGGCACCCCUCAAAUGGAUUCUGAGGCAGCCAAUGUUUCCUGGACACCCCCGUGUUCUCUUUCUGAUCACUGACGGGGCGGUGAGCAACACGGGCAAAGUCAUCGAACUGGUGCGUAGUCAUGCGCGCUACAUCAGAUGCUUUACGUUUGGCAUCGGGCAGAAUGCUUGUCGAAGAAUGGUACAUGAAGUAGCCGCAGUGUCCAGAGGAACAGCAGAGUUCCUGGCUGAAGGCGAGAGACUCCAACCAAAAAUGAUAAAAUCUCUGAAGAAGACCAUGUGUCCGGUGCUCAGUGACAUUUCCAUUGAUUGGCUCUUUCCUGAGACCAAGGAAGUCCUGCUUUCACCAGUGGGCAACACUUUUCUGUAUCCUGGAGACAGUCUCAUCGGAUACGCAGUGGUUUGCGACGCCACCCGUUACCAUGCUAAUCCCAAAUCUGAGAAAAGACGACGAUACAGCAUGAUGCAUUCCAUCGGUUCUGGCAGCUCCGUUUUUUAUCACUCCCAAGAGGAGGACCUGUUGAAGACCUCUGCUAAUGAUCAGCCGCCAUUCAACGAGUUUCUUCAUGACUCCAACCAGGAUUCUGUGAUGGAUUGCUGCUCUGUUGCCAUGGAACAUGACGAUGGGUUAAAUGGUCAGACGUCGGCAAGAAGGCGAGCGUAUAGCACCAACCAGAUAACUGAGCACGUCUCGGUUAAAAAGUACACCUCCAGUGAUCCCAGUUCCGUGAUGCCAAAGAAUCCUCUUAGACGUGCCAAAGUUGAAGAUCUGAUUGGCCAAGCGAGCCCUGAGCACGAGACUCAAUGGAAGAGGGACUACCAGCCUCAGUUGGUCAGUUUGUGUGCAGCGUCUUUAAGAGAGCAGCCAUCAGGUGCUCCCUGUUUGCUCCAGCAUCACCCGCAAGGGGAGGUAGAAACGGAAAUGCCGACGUCAGCCCCAGUAUGUAACACUGCUGGAGAGGAUGGUUCGAGAUCAUCUACAGAGAGUCCAUCUUUAGGAAGUGUGGGAGAUACAGAAGGAUACAGCCACCAGGUGUGUCAGGCAGAAACGCCACUGGACAAACACAGCGCAGAUGUGAUAACAGCUGGCCAGCGGCGAGGAGAUUGCAAGGUGGUGGUGUCAGGUCUGCUCUGCGGGAAGGCUGUUCAGUGGGAGGUGAUCUUUGAUGUUGAGCCCUACCUGAAGGGGCGGGAACGUGAGGAGAAGGUUCACGAGGAGCUGUGGAAUGAGACUUUCCAUCAUCUGGCGGCGCGCUCCAUCAUACAUGACUUUGAGCACAUGGUGGAGAGAGAACGUGACAUUGAGCAUGGCUCUGGAAGGAAAUACCACAUUUACGCUAUUCACACCAGCAAAGCGUGCAACAUUUUGAGCAAAUACACUGCGUUUGUUCCUGUCGACUUGGACACAAAUGAAUAUCUGCCAACGUGUAUUGACUACAUCAACCUCGCUAAUGGCUUAAAAAGAGGUUCCCGCUCCAGUUCAGGAAGUAGGAAAAACCGAGGGUACUCCAUUGGAUUGGGCCGCUCUCAGUCUGGUGGUGUGUCGGAGGAAGCCGAAGACAUGUGUGCAGCUAACAGUUUGGAAGAUGGCGCAUCUCCUUGCAGUACUCCGUCCUCAUCCAGCUGGGAGAGAUGUAGCUCCACAGAGGGGACUCAAAGGAGUCCGUCGGUGACAUCAGACCAGUCUCAGAAAUCUGUGGAAAGUCUGUUUUCUGCCAGGUUGGCACUCAGCAGGACUCGUCUAUUGACCAAAGCUGCCAAAGGAUUCAUGAGCCGAUCCCACAGCAGGUCAGGUGAUUCCAUGGGAGAAAGCGACAAUGAGAACAAAGACUACAUCCCUCUGGUAUUGCUGCAGCUGGCGUGUGGCGCUUUCCCGCUUGACCCAGCCCUGUGUGACACCAUCAACGUCCCCAUGGAUAAACUCAAGUGGACAUCCCCCUUUGCUAGCCACCGAACCAGCCUCGCACACCCUUCCCACUCAAGCAGCCGGCGCGCAGAGAGCACUGAAGAUGACUCUGGACUAUCGAGUGACACGCAGACAAGUCUGAAAGAUUCUUUACCAACCGAUCAGGAGACAACCUCUCCUGGCGAUGCACAAAGAAGGAUGAUGGACCCCGAGAGCCUAGUAUGGGCGACGGCAGUAGCACUAGCCUGGCUUGAGCACAGCUCCGCCAGCUAUUUCAUCGAGUGGGAGCUGGUCGCCGCCAAGGCCAGCAUGUGGCUGAGUGAACAGGACAUCCCAGAAGGCCGUGAUGUGGGCUCGGUCAAGGCGGCUGCCAACCAACUCUUUAUCAUCCUCAGACACUGGGAUGAAAACCUUCAGCUGAACAUGCUGUGCUAUAAUCCAAACAGUGUGUGA